UGUGUAAGUAAAAGAGGGAAGAGAGAGAGACGACUGAGAGAGAGCGUCAGCAGGGGAAUGGCAAAAGAGAAACUCUUCUGCUUUCUGGCCUUCGCCAUUACCAUCCUUGCUAUCUUCAGUCCGGCAUGGUCCGUAGACCCUUGCGAGGCCGAUAUAGUGCAUUUGAUACAAUAUUGCUAUGAGUUUGUACAAAUCAAGGGUCCAAAGAUACCACCGUCUAUCACGUGUUGUUUAGUCGUAAGGAGUACCGACAUGCCGUGCACGUGCAAGCAUGUAAAUAAGGAAGUUGAGAAGAUCAUUAGCAUGGAGAAAGUCUCCUACGUCGCGGAACGCUGCGACCGCCCUUUGGCUCAUGGAAGCAAAUGCGGAAGUUACACAGUUCCAUCGGCAUGAAGAGAAGGAGAAAGAGUUGGGAGGAGAAUAAUUAAAACAGGGAAGUAUAAGAUGUGCUGUUCAAAAUUUUUCAGUAUACAACUCUAGUUGGUUGAUUUGAAUGGAUGACAUACAAGCAGAUAUACAUAUAUGAAUAAAAAACUGGAUUUUUA